AAUAUUCUAAGAAUCUCACCUUCAUUGACAAUCAUUGUCAUUUUGUAAAAUUGAUUCUUCGAAAUAGACAAGUGUUUGUUUAUGUAAGUAGGUACUUACGAACAGAAAACAAUAAUAUUAAUUUACCGGUUCGUAAAAUGGAUUUCACCGACAAAGUGGUGCUAAUUACCGGCGCUAGCUCCGGCCUUGGGGCUGCAACAGCGAUUCAUUUAUCAAAGUUUUCAGCCAAAUUGGCUCUUGUUGGGCGAAAAGAAUUAAAUUUGAAGAGAAUUGCUUUAUAUUGCGAAAAUGCGAAGGGAGUGAAACCGCACACGAUCACCGCUGACGUUACUGAAGAUGGCGAUGUGCAAAGAAUUAUUGACGAAACGAUUGAAACGUUUGGUAAAAUAGACGUGUUGAUAAAUAACGCCGGUGUGGUAGCCAUGGGAGGUAUUAAGAAGACUGAUAUGGAAGCCUACGACAAGGUAAUGUCAGUUAACAUGAGAGCAGUGUUCCACUUGACUUCCUUGGCGGUCCCCCAUCUCCAAAACUCCAAGGGCUGCAUCGUAAAUGUUUCAAGCAUAACCAGCACUAAGCCAAACCCCAAAAUGUUAGCUUACAACGUCUCAAAAGCUGCAUUAGACCAUUUCACAAAAUGCAUCGCUUUAGAACUGGCGCCGGAUGGUAUUCGCGUAAACUCUGUUAACCCAGGUUUCGUGAAAACGAACAUAAUGAAAGAUCUAGGUUUGAGUGAAGAUCAAUUAGAAAUGAUUGCUCAAAAUAUGGCCUCUGGAAAUCCACUGAAAAAACUGGUUGAGCCUGACGAGGUGGCCAAUUUAAUUGCAUUUCUUGCAAGUGAUAAAGCUAAAAGUAUAACAGGGUGUACAUAUCCGAUCGAUGGAGGUCGUCUAUUAGUUUAGGCAGCAAGAUAUUAAGCAAAAGAUACUCUUGCGUUGCUUGUUCAUCACUUAAUUAAUUAUGCGUAGGUUUUGUUUGAGAUUAUUAUCAAAAGGUACUUAAGAUGCUUACUUAAUCUUUAAUGCUUUAAUCCAUUGUAUAUCUUUUUACUCUUACCCUUAAAUGUUUUUGUAGUGACUUAAAUGUAAAGAAAAUACUUAAUUAUAUUGUUAUUGUAAUAAACAUUUUAUUUUAUUAAAAUAAAAUAUGUUCUGCUAUACGAACAUUUAACAA